AUGCUCACGAGAGGCGGCGAAGAGGCGUACGGCUACCCGUCUACGCCAAGCUCAUAUGGUACUCAGCUAGAACUUGAUCACGAGUCGCCAGAUCAAACGUCAAGCGAGAUGCACCAGACCAUGGAAGCCCAGCAUGACCAAUUCGUCAACACUGGCGCAAUGGAUGAGGAUCCACUCAAGGAUCGUCUACGAGGUCGUAGAUCCACUCGCCAACGCGACCCCUCCGACCCUUCCAGCGGCUUGCCCAUGUCUCCACCGCUCUCGGCGAGUCAUGUCAUCGACGAGCACUUCACUGCUGCCCGACAUGCUGGUCUUGUCGACUCCGCGGACUCUGCGAGCCACCCGCAAUACACUUCUGGUCGCGAGCGCGAUGAAAACUAUGACCGCUUCAGACCACUGCCAGCUCGAACGCCUGUCCAGAUGAGCGCUUCAUUGCCCGCUUCAUUCGGCUCGCUCAGGCACACCGCCGUCAGUCCCAAACUUCCGCAUGGCUCGCUCAACACUGCCACAGCUGGCAAACCAAAAAGCUCUGCCAGCAAGAAGCGCAACAUCAGCAAAGAUCGUCCUGCAGGUGCACAAGACAAGCCGCUCUCGCAAUGCUCUUACUGCCCAAUGGCUUUCAAAAAGCUCGAGCAUGCACAGCGUCACGAGCGCACUCAUACGCUUGAUCGGCCUUAUAUGUGCUCGUUCCAAGGCUGCGAGAAGACCUUUGCCAGACAAGACACGCUCAAUCGACAUGCCCGUUUGCACACUCGCACCGAGAGCCACCCCAUCGGCAAGGGCCGAGCUGCUCGUCGGCGCGUCAAAUCGACAGCCGAUCUCGAGAGCUCUCGUCUCAGAUCGCUGUCAAGCCACAGCGCAAGCUCGAGCUAUCAAGAGCAAUCCGCCAAGUCCGCUAUGGCUCACCGUCGUACUCAGUCCGAGGCCAGACGAGACACGAAGCGUCGACCUGCUUCGCUCAACAUUCCCUGGUCGGGACAUGCGUCUGUCCAUGCUUACCAGCAACAGAUGCCAGGCAACAACGGCCGAGCAACUUCACCACAUCCCUACUGGGCCUCACGCUCGCCCGCUGCCGUGGUCAUCUCUCACCACGAAGACGUCAGCUCGGUGCCACUCAGCGCGACCUGGUCAAACUACUCGUCAGAGUCUCCUGUCGCUGAGAGACAGCCGCAACUUGCUCGGUCCAUCGAAGCCUUCAAGCUGCCGUCUGCCCAUUCUGCUCUCGAUCACGAAGUUGCUCGCGUGAGAGGCUUUGACUCUGGCGAUAUCAUCAAGUCUCCUUCGACUGCAAUGGGCGAUCUCACGCUCACUGAUCUCAUGCGUACUCAUCAUGAUCACUCGCCCACGCUCGUUGGCAGUUUCGAUUCAUCUUUCUCCGCCUUCAGACCGGGCGGACUAGAACAAACCCAGAAUCUCGACCUACUCGCCACUUUUGGUCCUCAGCCGCCUGUCGACUUUACCCAUGGCUUUGAGCCCGCGGAUCUAGCUCACCCUUACGCAUUGCCGGUCGAUGCGCAAGGGCGUGUGUCCGAAAAUGAGCUGGGCGGAUCUGACCGGAUAUCGAACGAAGUUAGCUCUGGCAGCUGGUACGGAUCGCCGUCUGCUACAGAGCAGUCUGUCGCUUCAUCUGUUACGAGCGAAGACUCUCAGCCUGGACAACAAGAAGUCAAGCCGGCAGAGACCCAGCCGGACUUUCUGAAGCUCCUGGCUGCCGCAGAGAUACCUGUUCAUGAGCUCAUGGAACCGUCUGCGGAUGUUAUGAGCUGGCGAGAAGCUCGGCUUCAGGAGAUGCUGGCUAGAGAGGCUCAGACGGCCUCUGUACGACACCCUGGAACGUUCCAGAUUCCGUACGAUGCCAACAAUAACGGGUUGGGCCUCAAGUUCAAUCGGUUCGGCGUCGACUCUACGCUGGCACACUCGACGCCGGCACUGUACAUACAGCGUCAUGAUGACACACAGCUUGUCAGCAACACAGCACAAGGCUUGUCUCGCAGCGCUUACCAUGAGCCUGCACAUCUGUUUGACGAUCACUUCUACCACGCUCCCGAACCACCUACGGAGCCAGGCAGCUACCUCUGCGCAUGA